CCUUUAUAAUAGCCCUAAAGCCCUCUUUCCUUGCCAAAGUCGCAGCUUAUCCGCCUUACUCUCUCUCUCUCUCUCUCUCUCUCUCUCUCUCUCUCUCUGUCUCUCUCGCGCUUUCGCUCUCGCUUCUCUCCCUCCCUUAGAAGUAUGAGUUCGAAGGAGGUGCUGAUUGAUGGAAUUCCUUUCCCAGCUGAGAUCACCAGAACCAAGCCAUUGGCUUUGGUAGGCCAAGGUAUUACUAGUGUAGAAAUCCAUUUUCUUCAGAUAAAGUAUAAUGCAAUUGGGAUUUACAUGGACAAGGAUGUCACUCAGUAUCUGAAGAACUGGGAAGGAAAAAAGAGAACUGAGCUUGAAGAAGAUGACCUCUUCUUUACGGCUCUUUUCUUAGCUCCUGUGGAGAAAGUUUUUAGAAUUGUGGUGAUAAAAGAGAUCAAAGGCUCACAAUAUGGCGUACAACUAGAGAGUGCCGUUAGAAAUCAAUUUGCGGCACUCGAUCACGAUGAAGAGGAGGAAGAAGAAGCACUUGAGAAGGUUACAAAAUUCUUCCAAUCAUUAUAUUUGAAGAAAGGUUCUGUCAUCACUUUCAAUUUUGCAGCAUUACCUUCUACAGCUGAGAUUACAUUUGAUACGGAAGGAAAAUGUGAAAGUAAGAUCCAAGUGGAGAAUGCAAAUGUAGUGGAGAUGAUACAGAAGUGGUACUUAGGAGGAUCAAAUGCUGUCUCCCACUCUACUGUUAAGAACUUGGCUGCGAAGUUUGAAGAAAUCCUGUCCCAAUAGUUUUACUUUUUCUGUCUAAAUAUGUCUUUUCUUUUUUUAUUUUAAGUAUGCCUGCCAAGAUUUGUCUUAAAGCUGCUUUUAUGAAUUCAAUAAGCACUUAGAUAUCGGGCCUUUAAAUCUUCGCUCAUAUGAGAAAUAUGUCCCUAAGUGUUUGAAUGUAUAAUUCAAUAAAAGCAUUGAUAUUAUGCCUUCAAA